CUGCUGCACGUCCCCCGCAGCACAGCAGCCCCCGGUCGCUCCCCCGGUGCCUGACCCGCUGCGAGCGAUCAGACCCGGAUUGCAUCUCCGCGUGCACCCACGUACGGUGCCAGUGGGAAUACAAAUCGAUGUUUAACCACCUGCACUGGGCUGCCUCUGAUGUUCUCGAAGUGAAACUUGAUGCUUCUCAGCAAAGACACACCUCUUCCAGGGUGUUGUGCAAAAUUCUGCAUUUUAACGUAGGACAGGAAAUAUGAAAAGAGCCGGGCAGAACCCAAACAGCACCCUCAGUUAGGCCGAGGAUCGCUAGCUCCAACGGGGAGCGAAUCAAAGGCUUUGCUUCACUUAUCCAUCCACCCGUGAUUUUCCAGUGCUUUGGAAGUUGUAGUUCCUUCGCUAACAGGUUUUAAAGGAUUGGCAUUGCUCUGCAGAGAAUUUUGGUUUGUUGGUGGUUUUUUUUUUUUCCUCCCUUCUCUUUCAUGCUUUAUUUCCUGACUCCACAGUGGGAUGGGUCGGUUGCAAAAGAUUCUCAUUCCCUUUUUGGGAUUUAUUUUGGCCUUCUGGUUUUAUUCUACGAGGGAGAAUUUCAAACCGGAGAUGCUGAAAGGGAAGCGGGUGAUUGUCACCGGAGCAAGCACUGGAAUUGGAGAGCAGAUGGCGUAUCACCUGGCACGGAUGGGAUCCCACAUUUUGAUCACAGCACGGACAGAGUCCAAGCUACAGAAAGUGGUGGAGCGGUGCCUGGAGCUGGGGGCAGCCUCCGCGCGGUACAUCAGCGGCACCAUGGAGGACAUGGCCUUCGCCGAGCACGUGGUGAAGGAGGCAGAGACCUCGCUGGGAGGCCUAGACAUGCUGAUCCUUAAUCACAUCGGCACGUCGUACUUCGGUUAUUUCAACGGGGACGUUGGACACGUACGAAAGCUCCUAGAGAUCAACUUCCUCAGCUAUGUGGCGAUGACCACAUCUGCCCUGCCCAUGCUAAAGGAGAGCGAGGGCAGCAUCGUAGUGGUUUCAUCCAUGGCAGGUAAAGUCGGGUUUCCCUUUACGGUCCCCUACUCUGCAACUAAGUUUGCCUUGGAUGGAUUUUUCAGCUCCCUGAGGCAGGAAUUCAGCAUUCAGAGCGUUAAUGUUUCCAUCACACUCUGCAUCCUUGGCUUCAUCGAUACUGAGAGCGCGGUGCGGGCCGCCGCAGACCUGCUGCUGGUGUCGCCGGCGCCGCGGGAGGAAUGCGCGCUGGAGAUCCUCAAGGGCGCUGCGCUGCGCCGGCGGGAGCUCUACUACCGGUACGGCUCCACCCGCAUCCCGCUCCUGCUGCGGGACUGGGCCGCCGACCUCCUGGACUACCUGGUCAGGAGCCGGUACCGGCUGGACGGCCUGAAAAGAGAGGAACGACCGCGCCGCGCCUCCGUCCAGCACCGCCUUCCCGCUUAACCGGGCGGAAAGCCGGGAGGGUUCGCCGGUCCAACACCCUCCUCUGCCGGCGGAGACGGGCCGUGCAGCCGGGGCCCCGCCGCCCGGUAGGACGGGCCUCCCGUCAGAAAUCUCCGCUUGCGCUUUGAAGAGUCAAUUAUUUCAUUUUUAAGUAUUAGAUCGUAUCGACUCCGACGGGGCUGGUCGGGACGGCCAGGUCGUGCGGGACGAGGCGUGAGAGGGGGGAGCUCCGCGCAGCUGCGGCAUCCCUCCUGGGCAGACCCGUUCCCUUCCCCAGACCAGGGAAAAGUAGUAACAAACUAAUAAUUAAAUAAAAUUUACUAACCUAA